AUGGCCGACAGGAUUGCGACAGACGAAACCAGGCAGCGGCCGAGACGUGGCGAAGCGAUUACGCUCGGGAUUCUGGACGACAGUGGGCUUGUUGCGUCGCUGGCGGACGACCUAUCGCUGCGCGACGUUGUACAGGCCCUGCGAUAUGCGCGGGCCAACAUGUUUGAUCCGAUUCCUGGGCACCAAGAGGGCGGCGGCAACGGCUUUGUGGGAAACAGUACCCGCGUGGCCGAGCUGCUCAAUACAAGGCGGCGGCUACCGGCACUGGCAACGACGGCGCACGUGGCGGCACUGCUGCCGAAUGCAACAGCGACGGAGCGGGAAACGGUAUCCCUGAUGCGAGCGGGUAUAUUGCGCAAGGUUGUGCAGCCGCAGUGGCGGCGAGCCGGCGAGCCGUUGGGCGAAGUCCUCGUGGAGACAGCCACGCUGGAGCAGCUCGUGAGAGAUGGACCGGCGUCGAGUGAGGGUGAUGGUCUGAGCGACGACACACAGGCAGCCUUUGUUGCCUGGUUGCGUGGUGAAGGGGGCGAAGAGCAUGGAGGACGAGACCACAGCAGCCCCAGAGCGAUCACGAUCCACGGUCAGACGGCACCACGGCUAGACGGUCGCAUGGCCGACGAGCUGGUGCGUGCCGGCUUCCUGGUCGGUCACGGAGCAAGACGAGUGGUGGAUCAUCGCAGUGGUGGCAGCGGCCAGAGCAACAACAGCAGCGAGAGGAGUGGCCACGGCGACGUGUUUGCGCGGCCCGAAGACCGUACGUCGCUGCUUAGCCUCGAAACCGUGGCGAAGGCCGCGUCUGGCUCCUUUGGCGCCGUCGGUGGCAUCGGUGCCGUCUAUACGGCCGGCGGUGGUGGUGCACGUUCGGCUCUGCCGUUGCAGACCGGGUGUCAACAGAAUGCUGCUGCAUCUACGGAAGAUCUCCUGCUGGCCGUCCCCGGCCACGGCGCCUUUGUCAAGCUCGUGUCGGCGGCGCUGGCCCAUCUCGUCAGCCUGCUGGCCCGCACACCAUUCCGUGAGGCACCCGAAACGAUGCUGCAGGAACGAUGGAACGCUGCCGGCAGCAACUCUGGCGGUCAUGGAAGCUACCGGCGAGUGACGCUGAGCCGCACCAGAAAAUGGAAGGACCUGUAUGGUCUGAGCUUUAACUGGGUGCUGGCAGAGGCCGUGGGCGCCGGCCUGGUCGAGGUGUUCGAGACCGGCAGUGUAGGGCGCGGAAUACGGCUGCCGGCAUAG